CCACCAUGGCUAAAACAGUCUCCCUAAAGAAAAGCGACCAUUAUUUCUAUUACUACUACAGGGCUUUGGUAUGUUUAGGCAAAUGUAUGUGUAUCCUGCCUCUCCAAAAUGUCCUGAGUUCUAACCCUUUCGAUCUUAAAUAUAAAAGGUGCAGUUGCAUAUUUUUCUUUUCUAUUUUUGUGCAGUGUUCACUCAUCUUCUUUGUAAUCUACUGUUAUUGGCUUCGAAUACAAGUCAGUACUACUGGACAAAAACUGUUGUUUAUACUUCUUAUUAUUAUGAUGGUAAGGGUUAUUCUUUCUUGGUCGCUUUGUUUAUUUAUGAUGGCCAAACGUAUGCCUUGCAUCAUUCAACUACUAGAAACAUUUGUAAAACAAAGACGAGAUCUUUUGUUAAUAGAUAAACCGAAUCACGAAAUCUUUUUUAAAAUAGUCCUACCUUGCACAUCUUUAAUUUUAUUCGCGAUGGUGUAUUCUUACGGAAUAUACAGUGCUACACAAGACAUUUUUCCUAAAUAUAAACCCAGUGCCCUAGAUAAAAUUGCCAGCUAUACAAUAGGAUUUGUUGCCAGUGGGCAUGUCAUUCCAAUUUUCUAUUUCCUUUACCUAAGUUCUUCCAUUUCUCGGUCCUUUCAUGAAAUAAAUAAAACCUUAAAGAUUCAUAAAUUUACUCCUAACUACCAGGACCUGUUUACCCACUGUCCCCAAGCCCAACUAUCCAAAGAACUGGCUCAGUGGAGACGUUUGCACAGUAUUUUACAAGAGGCCACCGUAGAGUUGUGUAAAGGUUUUGGUGGCAUUUUAGCUUUGGAAAAAGUGUUUAUAGUUGUGUUUGUUGUUGGAAACUUGAGCUGUUACCUAUUCUCACAGUCGCAAAGUAUAGCUUUUAUCGUUAUGUUAGUUGUGAACCUUUUGUUAGCUAGAGCCACAAUUGAUUUGGGACAAAACCUUAUGAAGCGGGGCAAAAAGGUGGCAAGACUUUUCCAAGGAAUCCCGUCAGAAUCUCUAUCAGAGAAAACCAAAGAAGAGAUUCAAUUGUGGCUACUACAACUCACCUCCAAUCCAAUACACGUGGACGCAGCGGGUUACUUCCAGCUGGAUAAAAGCCAGACCUUCGAGGUUUUAUCAUCAAUUGCAACGUAUCUGAUCGUUGCAGUUCAGUUAUUAGAAGAUGAGAGCUCGAAAACCUCAGUAAAUGGUACCAGUUAAGUAGCUUAAAUCAUCAAUCAUAUUAUAUAUUAAGUUGUCAAAUAUAACGUAUGUCGUUGUAAAAUGUUAGUAUUACUAUACUUAGAUAAGGAAAACUGUAAUAAAUAAGUAAAUGUUUUUUUUUAUACUUAUAAAAUAGGUCUCUCAAAUUAUGCCAAAUAGCUUUAGUAAAUUAUGAAUCCAUGAAACUUUUCAA